GCUUCCUUUUUGACCAAUAAUAUACGUGUUUACGUAUUGAAAUAUUUCUUGUCUUGUCUAGACAUAUCUCAAUCUAAAUUUCUUAUUCACUUCUAAUUAAAUUAUAUCUCGUACUUCAUUGAAAUUUAACAAGUUGCAUAGCCUCUGUAAAAUAAAAGUAGUUCCCCUGCUUGGAGGAAAAAUUGUUUUAGAAGUUGGCCCAAAUAAAUUAAAACUCAAAGAUGUUUUAUCUCCAUUGCAAUUAACUGAAUAUGGAUAUAACUGAAGAAGCGGCGCGGCUUUAAUGCCUUUUAUAAAUCAAGAAUAAUACUAGAAUGCCAAGAAAUUCCGGAAGCACAAAUGAGACCGAUGUUCACGCAGAUGCGUGUAGGCUCAUUGCGAACUCGAAUAAACCGCCCGAACCAAAAUAUGAAAACUCUUGGACCGCAGGCGUUCAAAUGUUUGUGUCGUUUCUGCUCGCCGGAUACGGAAUGGUUGCUGCCAGUCUGUUGCUUGAUAAAGUACAACAUUGGGAUGUCUUCCAAGUAGUGUCAGAAGUGUACAUUUUAGUUCCAGCACUUUUGGGAUUAAAAGGAAAUUUAGAAAUGACUCUAGCAUCAAGAUUGUCGACACACGCACAUUUAGGACACAUUGAUAGCAAUCUUAGUGCUUUGAUUGUGGGUAACAUGUGUCUCAUUCAGUGUCAAGCAGUUCUUGUUGGGUUUUUAGCUGCUAUGGCCGCAGUGGCUAUGGGUUGGAUACCUGAUGGCCAGUUUGACAUUCAUCAUGCUAUGUUACUAUGUGCUUCAAGUGUCCUAACAGCUUCAUUUGCAAGUUUGGUGCUUGGUUUAAUAAUGAUUGGUGUGAUAGUGCUUUCUAAACACAUGGACAUAAAUCCUGAUAAUGUAGCUACACCUAUAGCAGCAAGUUUAGGGGAUUUAACAACAUUGGCACUUUUGUCUUGGAUAGCAUCUCUAUUACAUAGGACAAUUGGUUCAAGUAUAAUACUGCCUUCUAUAAUCAUAAUUGGUGGUUUAGUUCUAGUGCCAGUUUGUGGAUAUAUAGCAUAUGAGAAUAAAUUUACAAGGCAAGCCUUAGAUGAAGGGUGGGUUCCUGUGGUGUCAGCAAUGGUUAUAAGUAGUGCGGGAGGAUUAAUUUUGGAUUAUACUGUGUCAAAUUAUUCAGGAAUUGCAGUGUUUCAAUUGGUUAUCAAUGGUAUAGGUGGUAACAUGGUAGCAGUGCAUGCAUCCAGACUGUCAACCUCACUACACACUGGGCAGAAAAUGGACUCAGUCUUGAGCGGUACCACAAAGCUACUUAUGGUUAUGGUGAUUCCUAGUCAACUGAUAUUUAUUCACACAAUUGAAUAUUUGAAGGCUGGACAUACUUCUUUAACUCCAAUUUUCAUUCUGAUUUACAUGUCUGCUGCCCUCUUGCAGGUAUUUCUCUUACUAACAAUAAGUCACUACAUGGUAGUGGGUAUGUGGAAAUUGGGGAUGGAUCCUGAUAAUUCUGCUAUACCAUAUUUAACAGCAUUAGGUGAUCUUUUAGGAACAGCAUUAUUAGGUAUAGCCUUCCAUGUCUUAUAUGCUAUCGGUGAUAAGGAUAGUGACUUAGGUGAUUAAGAAUAUGUACAUAUUAUACAAACAUGUACUAUUUAGUAUUAUAAUGAAUGCUCAAACUAUAUUAAAGACUUCUAUACUUAAACUAAAAUCUUCUUGACAAAUCUGUUUGUAAAAAUGUGCCGUUUGUUUGUAUGUUUGUGUUCAAUA